AUGAAAUGCUUCUUCCAUCACUCACUCAUUCUCUUCACUCUACCCUCCACUGUCACGGCUUUCGAUUGGGGCGAUUUUCACAAGGUAGCAGUGAUCUUUUUCUCAUUCCUUGGCCCAAUGCUUAUUCUAUCAAUGAUCGCCGCAGCUGCAUACUUUGCUUGCAUUAAAUCGUGGUAUGAACGAUUUCGAGAUGAUGUACACGAGACACAUCGCUCCUACCAUCCAUGGCCACCAGGAUCUGCCAAAUGGCAAUUACAGCAAUUUAUAAACGCUGGCAAAGGUCUUCCCGCAAAGUUUUUUCGUCCAUCGCCUGGAGAACCACCGCCGGGCUUCAAACCGCCACUAAUUCCUGAUCAAGCUCCAUUGGCUGUUGUUGCCGGUGCUCAAUACGUUGGCCUUCUCGGCACAGCUCCUCAGCUGUCUGUUGCCUGUCUCCCGUCUCCACAAACCACUUACACCAUUGCUGUUGAUCCAAAAAACAAGGAACAAGUCCCUUACACUACUGUAAUCCGUCCAAAACAAGAGCAAGCUGUUCCCAUUGAGACGAUUUUCUCAGCCGCUCCUACUUCAAAACCGACAAUUGCUCCAACAGUGACUGUGAUUCCGCCCGAUCACCCAACAAUGAGCAAUCAAAUCCCGAUCUCGGUAAUCACCGACUAUCAAAAAGGAAAUGAAGAGAGAGAACCGAUCAUUCGAAGCCCAAUUGGAGGGAAUGUUCUGUAUUCGCAGGGACACGAUUGGACACAAGUU